AACUGAUGGCCGUGACGUCACGCCAUCAUCACAAAACGGCAGCAAUCCAACGAGGCCAGCCACUACAGACGACACUGGCCAGCGCGCCAUCUCCAUCGACAGUGCAUCCUGGGUGUAUUGGGAUUGCAGAUGCGCUCAUUAUCACCGUGUCGUCGGCAUACGUGGACAGCAGCAUUGAUUCCCGUUCUGGAUGGAAGCCAGUGCUGUCCGGGAUGAGCUCACACGAAAAGUGCGUUCAGCCAGGUAGCUCUCCAGAAUGCAGUACAAAUUUAAAGGCAGCAGCUUCAUCAACUUGUACAGCAGCCCUUCAUGCCAUACUCGGUCAAAAGCUUCGGAAAUGUCCAGAAAAAUUGCCGAGCAAACUUGUUUUUUCUCAUACGCCUUGAGGAUAUAUUGAGUGACUCGAGCCAGCUGCUGCUCAGUGCCAUGCUCCCGCCGAAAUCCAAAUUGGUAAUUGGGUACGGCCUUGGCAAAAUUCUCCACCUCAAACAGUCUCGCCAUCAGCAAUUUUUCAAAGAUCUUUGAAAGGCCAGAUAAUAGACUGAUUGGCCGGUAGGAACACAUGUCUGCUGUGUUUUUGCCCGGCUUUAAAAUCAUUUUAAUCUGGGCAUGUUUCCACUGACUUGGAAAGUGGCCCAGUCUGA